AUGUCACAGGAGACAGACAAUAAACGUCUGGUGGUGGUGGUCCCCAACGAGAGCUCCUACCCCGCAGUACGACGGGCCUACACCAGCGAGGACGAGGCAUGGAGGUCGUACCUGGAGAACCCGCUGACGGCGGCCACCAAGGCCAUGAUGAGCAUCAACGGGGACGAGGACAGCGCCAACGCCCUGGGCCUGCUCUACGACUACUACAAGGUGCCUAAAGAAAAGAGGCUUCUGCCAGUUCCCAAAGUCGUUGAAAUUACAGAGGAACAACAGAAGAGGUCAGUGACUUUGGGUCUUUCAGUGCCUCACUCACGCCAAAGCGAGGGGGAGACGGUGGACAACCGUGUUCAGGUCCUCAAAUCUGUUCCCGUCAACCUGUCGGUGAACACGGAGCACCAGGAGAACAAACGGGAGCACUUCAGCAGCUUGACUGAGGCGGUGUCAGGGGAUGGAGGGUCGCCAGCUGUGGCAGCGGUGAAGGCCGAGGUGUACGCACCCGUCUUCAUGACGGGAGCAGGGCUCCACUACAGGGUGGAGGGAGAAGAGUCGUCGAGGGUGAUCUACGAACAGAGUCCCUAUGAGGUGACCACCGUCAAUCACAACUCGUAUGUGAAAGAAGACCAGCAGAGUCCGCCUGACAGCCCGUAUGAAGAGGAGAGAGAUGGGCGUUCUCAACAGAAGUACCACACACCUUCCUCUCUGGCUACAGAUGACUUUUUAUUUCACCAGGAGGGAGUUGACAGCUUCCAAUACACGCUGGACGCCACUCGCUCGCUGCGUCAGAAACAGGGCGAAGGACCGAUGACCUACCUGAACAAAGGCCAGUUCUACGCUGUGACGCUCAACGAGCUCAGUGCAAACAAACGCCUCCGUCAUCCCAUCAGCAAAGUUCGGAGUGUGAUCAUGGUGGUGUUCAGCGAAGACAAGAACCGAGACGAGCAGCUGAAGUACUGGAAGUACUGGCAUUCCCGGCAGCACACAGCCAAACAGAGAGUCUUAGACAUCGCCGACUACAAGGAGAGCUUUAACACAAUCGGCAACAUUGAAGAGAUCGCCUACAACGCCAUCUCCUUCACCUGGGACGUGAAUGAAGAGGCCAAGAUCUUCAUCACAGUCAACUGUCUGAGUACAGACUUCUCCUCUCAGAAGGGGGUGAAGGGUCUUCCUCUGAUGAUCCAGAUCGACACCUACAGUUACAACAACCGCAGCAACAAGCCGCUGCACAGGGCCUACUCACAGAUCAAGGUCUUCUGUGACAAGGGAGCAGAGAGGAAAAUAAGGGACGAGGAGAGAAAACUGUUUCGCAAGAAGUCAAAAGGUAAAGAUGGAGGUGUAGGCGUGAUAACCGUUCCCAAGAAGGCCGACACCACUUAUUUCAAGACCAUGAGUGACUUGGAGGCUCAGCCCGUACUCUUCAUCCCCGACGUUCACUUUGGGAACCUGCAGAGGGCCGGGCAGGUGUUUACCUUCAACACAGAGGAGAUCGAGAGAGAAGGGUGAGUUGUGCUGGUGAAGAGGAUGUUCAGACCGUCAGAUGAAGAUCUGUGUUCGUCACCUCACAAACAGAUCAAAGAGGAGACACACAAGAGAGUGCUGUUGUACGUAAGAAAGGAGACGGACGAGGUGUUUGACGCUCUGAUGCUGAAGUCUCCCACGCUCAGAGGCCUAAUGGAUGCUAUAUCAGAGAAGUACGGCGUGGCCACAGAGAGGAUAGCCAACGUGUACAAGAAAAGUAAAAAAGGGAUCCUGGUGAACAUGGACGAUAACAUCAUCGAGCAUUACUCCAACGAAGACACCUUCAUCCUCAACAUCGACAGCUACGCAGACUCCUACAAGAUCACUCUUAUGGAGAUCUGA